AUGUUCACAUGUGGCAAAUUUUUUGCUUUGACUUUAUCACUUCAUUUUUCUAAAGAGAUUCUUGGCUUUGUUGAUUCAAAUAAUAGAGACAUUGAGUUCACCUCAAUCAGAAUGGAAGGAGUUCAGUACAAUAACUAUGCAAGCUAUAACAUUACUCAAGUUUUCACAAACACUUCAAAUAAUGCUUCUGAUAUCUCGUACUAUUUUCCAAACGACUCAGAGUAUUGCUCCUAUGAUUGUUUGUUCAUUGUUGAUGGAAAAAAAAUCAAACCUCAGCUUAGAUCGAAAGAAGAAGCCAAAAAGGAAUACAACGAAGCAAAACAACAAGGCCAUCAUGUGAUACAUGGCGAAAUGAUAGGAAAUGGCCUUAACCGCUUUAAUUUAGGAAAUUUACCAGCUAAGAAAGUUGCUGAAGUCCAUCUCAAAGUUUCAUUACUUGCAGACUUAGACAAGAACUCUCUUUUUUACAAGAUCCCGCUCACAGUUGCAUAUCAAAGUGGAGUUAAAACAUCUUUAAGCAGUAUUGGCAUCAAAGACUUCAAAUUUUCCACAAAGAUUAUCACAAAUCAUGACAUCAAAGAAGCUACAAUCAAUGUUAAGAACUGUAAAUCAGUUAUUGAGACGAGAACAGCAUUUUUCGAACUUAGUUCAAUUCCAACAGAAGAUUGCAUCAUAAUAAAGACAGUUUUCUCAGAAGACAACCUCAAUUUUGCUGUUUCAAGUGAUAAUUAUAUUGCUAUUUCCACUUAUCCAAAUUUCGAAUCAAAAGACAAAACAAACUCCGAAUUCUAUUUCCUUGUUGACCAAUCAGGAUCAAUGGCAGGUUCUAGAAUCACAAAAGCUAAAGAGGCUCUUAAAUUUUUCCUUCAAUCUCUUCCUGUCGGCUGCAGAUACGCAAUUUAUGGUUUUGGAAGUAAUUAUGUUACACACAUCCCACCAAGCGAUUACAACAACGAAACAUUUAAGUAUAGCAUGAAAGUGGUUGAAAGAAUUAAAGCAGUUUUAGGAGGAACUGAAAUUUAUCAGCCUCUUGAGUAUAUAAUCAAUACCAAAUCAAAAGAAGGAUACGCAAAACAAGUUUUUGUCCUAACUGAUUGA